GCGGCCCGGCCCGGCGGCGGGAUGAAGCUGACGGACAACGUGCUGCGGAGCUUCCGCGUGGCCAAGGUCUUCCGCGAGAACUCGGACAAGAUCAACUGCUUCGACUUCAGCCCCAACGGCGAGACCGUCAUCUCUAGCAGCGACGAUGACUCCAUCGUUCUCUACGACUGCCAGGAGGGCAAACCAAAGAGAACACUGUACAGUAAGAAGUAUGGAGUGGACCUCAUCAGGUACACACAUGCUGCCAACACUGUUGUGUACAGCUCCAACAAAAUAGAUGAUACAAUCCGAUACCUCUCCCUGCAUGACAACAAAUACAUUCGGUAUUUCCCGGGGCAUACAAAAAGAGUGGUUGCUCUUUCAAUGUCUCCAGUGGACGAUACUUUUAUUUCUGGAUCCCUGGAUAAAACUAUUCGACUUUGGGAUCUCCGCUCUCCAAAUUGCCAGGGUUUAAUGCAUCUCCAGGGGAAGCCUGUGUGUUCUUUUGACCCAGAAGGGUUGAUUUUUGCUGCUGGAGUCAAUUCUGAAAUGGUGAAGCUUUACGAUCUCCGUUCUUUUGACAAGGGGCCGUUUGCUACGUUUAAGAUGCAGUAUGAUCGAACAUGUGAGUGGACAGGCCUGAAGUUCAGUAAUGAUGGCAAACUCAUCCUCAUAUCGACUAAUGGAGGGUUCAUUCGACUGAUUGAUGCCUUUAAAGGAGCUGUCCUGCAUACGUUUGGGGGUUAUAACAAUAGUAAGGCUGUCACGCUGGAGGCAUCGUUCACACCAGACUCUCAGUUCAUCAUGAUAGGUUCAGAGGAUGGGAAGAUUCAUGUUUGGAAUGGGGAAAGUGGAAUGAAGGUGGCUGUGCUGGAUGGGAAACACACAGGUCCUAUAACCUGUCUGCAGUUCAAUCCAAAAUUCAUGACUUUUGCUAGCGCAUGUUCCAAUAUGGCCUUCUGGUUGCCAACUAUCGACGACUAAUUCCUAUGCUGCAGCUGCUGUCAGAUGACUUCCAUACUGCUAACAGCAGCACAUCAUUGCAAGCAUAGUAUUGGAAUUGCCUAGGUCUCCUAGACUGUGUUCCUGUUCCUGCAUAUGUUUCCAUACAUCUUACCUUUAUUUGCUGCAUUCCUUUGCGAGGACUCUUCCAGUCGGCCUCCUAGCAUGUUCAGAAGCGGCAUGCUACAUGUUCUUACCUUCCAGUCCAUGCCCAGCAGGCUUCAGCUCAAGUUGGAACUGACACAGUAUUAUUUCUAAGAGCAAUGAAGUCUGGUUUAUUUACAAAAUGUUUGUGGCAUUUUUUAAGCUGUAAUUGUGUGUUUUCCUUCUGUAAGUGCACAAGGCUAUUGAUGUUCCAAGGUGGAACGUGCAGUUCCUUCCCAUAAGUGCAUGUUUUUCACAUCUGGGAUCUCUGGUUUCACUGCAGUCCACAGAUGCAAAGCUACUUCUGUGCCAAAUGUGAACACUGACGGUUUUCAACUUAAACAGCAGAUGCUGGAUUCUCUUGCAGUGGAACAUGCGCUGAAGGAGUGGGUGACUGUAAAUAUACAUUAUACAUCCUGUGGUCCUUUUUUUAGCAAUUUAGUGUGCAGCAAACCACACAGGUUUGUCCACUGCCAGACCUUGCUGAAGCCUCGCUGCUGUUUGCUGUGCCAGCAUCCUGGAGGACGCAGACAGGACUGAUGAGGUCUGAUCACCGUCCCAAGCAAUAAAGGAGUCUGUCCGCAGGAAGAUGGAGAAACCAAACUGAGACUGAAAGCACAGUCUGCCUGUGUAUCUUCCUUAUGUAUCAUCUUGGCUGAUCUUACUUGUAAAUAUCGGGGGGGAGGCAAUGGGAAUGGGCCAUAUUUUUUUACUUUUAGAUAUUAAAGAAUAUGAUGUGGGCCAGUAUUGUGGGGUGUCUAGGCUGUGUUUACCAUCACAGAUGCAGUUUUUCCCUCUUGGUUUGUAAAUAAGCUCCAUUAAAUUCUCCUCACACCAGGCUUAGACCUGCAUCGCUUUGUUGAUAAAACUGAUGUGCAGUUAGUUCAUCAUGUAUUUUGUUACAGGCCCUGCAGGUUUUCAGUGAUAGGCCCAAAAGAGCAACACUUCCUUUGUCAGAUGGUGUCUUCAGAAUUGAAUUUUAAAAAUCUUGCAUGUGACUGGGCUGACUCUGCUUUGCUGUGGCUGUGCUCCAAGGAACGCCCCUGCAGAGAGACGGGAGGGAUGUGCUCUCCUGCUCCGGAGGGGCUUGUGGGCGAAUGGUGUAGAAAGGUUGGCAAGCUGGUCUUCAAGCCUGGUUCCACUUUCUUUUUCCUGAAACGCUGUGUUGAUCAAAUGCAUCCACCAGCAGGCUGGGACAGGCUCGGCUUAAAUGUGGUGUUCAUUGUAUUCUUGCCUUUCUGAACACGCUUGGCUUUAUGUGCUGGGUCAUGGCUUGGAAAAUCCAUUCUUUCCCUGACCCAGUCAUGUGUGCUUCCCCUCUCCUAAAUGUAAGAUGCUGGUAAGGUGACCAGCACAGUAAUGGGCAUGUUCUCUCUGCUGUCAAGUGCCAGUCUGUACUGGAGAACGGUGCUCAAGCAUUUUACCUUUGGUCAGUUGUCUAGAUGUUCCCUUAUUACAGCAAAGUUAAUCUCAGCUGUGGGGCUCUAUAUAAUUCAGAGCAUGUCUCCCUGGAAAAGUAAAUCAGCUUGUUGAACAGCUGCUUCUGUUUUGCUUUUCCUUCCCUGUUUGUUUUUUUUUUUUUUUUUACAGACCUUGUCAGUGGAAAUGUGCUGUGUUAAGAGCUGGGGCUGGGGAAUGAGCAUUUCUCUGCUGCUGGUUCCUUAAAAGUAGCAGCGCGUGCUGAGCUGCAGCGUUUGCCUGUGACAGUCGCCAGGAGGACUGCCGUGCCUGAGGCAGUCUGAUAAAUGUGAUGUUUGAAUCGAUGCUGUGGUUGAAGCUUCUCCUUAGGCUCUGUGGCUUGCCUCUGCUGAUGCUACCACAUGAGUUUAGAGCCAUUCCUAAUGGCAUGGGUCUGUGAUGCGAGUUUGCUGUUCUCCAGGCUAGAGGAGGGAAGGGAACAGCAGAGUGAUGCUUUCCAUCUUGCCAAACAGACCUGCUGUUGGAGAUGCAGAUGAGAUAUUCAUACUGCUACACCAGCAUCCCUCUUCCUGGCAUGUACUGUCCGACCGUCACCUAUAAAUGCCCAGUGCGAAGGGAGAUGGCUGUCUCGGUCCUCACGGCUGACUAGGUUUCCACAGCCACCUCUUCAACUCAGUAUUGUUGCAUUUCAGGCUGCUUGGUGCUAUUUUACCAUUGUUGGUGUUUCUGUAAGCAGCCGUAUUUUGCAGUGGUUUGUAACAUACAGGUAUUCGGGGUGUGUAGUGCAUUUUAACAGUUAAACUUUAGCAUUCAGUAGCAAAUAAUCUUUCAGGGUUUUACCAAGUCUGUUGCCUGAGGAGGUGAACAGAUAGCUCUCAGCCAUUUUUCUUGUUACUUUUCACAGGGAAGCAUUUGGAAGUCUCUUAUUCUAAUAACACUCUUUGCUAAUGUGGUUUGAGCUCUCUUCUGUUUGCAGUGUUGUAAAACAUUGUGUGUCACAGCAUGAAAUCUUUAAGAAAAAGAGGACCAAAGGACAGAUCUAGAAGAACACAUACACUAAGAACAUCAGUGGCUUUCUGGAGUGAAGAUAAAUUUACAGGUUUCUGCACAGCACUAAUGCUCAGCUCAAAAUUAAAACUGAAUGCCUUCCUACGGCCGAUUGCCACCCACACAGGCAAAGACUUCUUUCUUGGUUGAUAUAGCACUGUUUUCCAUCUGCCUUUAAGAGAGGGAAAUGUGCCAAGUAUUGUCAAGAAACUCAAGUAUCGCGUGUUUCUAGAAGGUUAGAAAGGAAAGAUUAAUAAAGCUUUUAGCUUCCAGCUUCUACGUGCUUCUCUAGAAGUAUCAGGACUGCAAUUCCUGUGCUCUUCAGGGCAGACAGCUAGUCAGAAAUGGACCUCAUUAAAAACAUCACUCCCAGGUCUAACAGUGUCCAACUUUACGUAAAGCCAUGCAGGAAAGAGCAUUCCCUCCCCAAAUUUGACAUUUAAAAGAGGAAUUCCCCCCAUGUUCUUUAGGAUGAAGUAAAGACCUGUCUUCGAAACAAGGAGGAAGUGAGACUCGACAGCCGACCUCUAAAAUAAGCAGUGGUGAUAGCUGAGCACAUCUGCUUGGGCUGUAGGAGACUUCAGGUGUGAUUUUCUUCUCCAAGCUGCUUUGAGAGAUUUUUUUUUUUUUUUGAGGCUCCCAGGUCCUUGAUAAAUGUCCCAACCCCUGCUCUGAAGGACACAGGAGCGAUUGAGUGAACAAAUUUGGAAGCAGUGGUGUAUCUUUUCCAAUGUCUCUUGACUAUGUUUGCACUUUAAGAGACUUCACCUUGGUUUUGGGUCAGGGGCUAGGAUCCUGGUGAGCCUUUCGGAAACUGGUCUCUUUGGUCAUGAGCUGGUAUGGGGAGUUUGACUCCUAGGUGGUAUCCGCCAGAUGAGUGUAAAUACAUAAAGUCAAAUUAUGCUUUGUCACAAAAUACUACAUAUGUGGAGAAUUCAAUGUUGUGGCUGUUAACAAUAAAUAUUUUGU